CUCUCACUCCCUACCCUUAAAAUUCUCACUCUCGCGUACACUGGAUAUGUGCAUGCAAGGGAUAGAUGAAAAAAGAGAAGGAUAGAAGGAGAAAAGGAGGCGGUGAAGUGGUGGAGGGGGGCGUCGCGACGUCAGGCCCAGAGCUGGUCCGUCCGUCGUCCGGCCGACUCGAAACAUCGGAACCGCGAAAUUCGCGAGAUCUAGACACGCGAAUAUAGAAAAGAGUUACAUACAUACGCGCGUCGUCGCGAUAGACGCGCACACAUGCGUCUCUAUAAAGCGACACGGACAAAAGACAACAAAUGUCCACGUACGCACACACAUGCAACCACCACCCUCUUCGGACAGUGCCGUCGCGUAUACAAUCUUGGUUGCAUCGCCCGAUGAUGAUGAUGAUAGAUCAUCUGGAAUUAAAAUAAAAAAAAUAUUUGAUUCUUCAUUAAAGUUCCAAAAAGGGGUUCUUCUCUAUGGAUUACGGAUUGAGUUGACCUGCAUACUUGUCCUCCAAGCACGAGGACUAAUUGAGUGCCAAACAAAUUUUUUCCCAUCAUUCGAUCUGAAUUGAUCAUUCCUUUUGAGUAUGGAAGAAAAUUCGCGUAAAAGGUGCAUUCUGGGAAGUUGGAUAUAAAAAGUGUGAAUGGUGAUAGGCAAGUGCUUUAGAAAAGUGAACUGAUGACUAAUUUGGGAAAUUAAAGUUUCAAAAAAAAAUAAGUGUGAGACUUGAGGGAUUUAUAGUGGAUUAAGAGGUUCUUUAAAGGGACUUUCAUUGGCGUUUUGUCAAUUUUGAUUUGAUCGACUUUUUUUGUCGUACCGACGGCACGAAUUGAGUGGACGCGCCGAUCGGAGGAGUGUCUAAUAAUAAUCAAGAGGCAAAGGGAUGACACGGAGAAAGCAGGCUCGACCCAAUCGUGCCCACCUCGAGGACGAUUUUGUCCAGGGAUCUCUGGAGAUUUUUCCCCUGAGAACAUUCGAAAACGAUACCCGAGAAGAAAAUGACUCAGCUUCGGAAGAUGAGGAAAGUGGGGGAGGAGCCAUUGGUGAGGAGGCCGUUGAUCUUACGGCAACACGUUCCCAUCAUGGAGAUGAGGAUGAGAAGGACCCAGAAGAAUUACCGGUGGAGGAGGACGAGGAUGAAGGUGUUGAUGAACAGGAGGAGCAGGACGAGGAUGAAGAAGGUUCCCGCAAGCAAAUGCGUCACCGUCAGGACGCGGAGAAUAAUAACAGCUUUGUGGAGGGUGGUCCAGCUGCAGGAAUCUUCCCACCAGCCGGAACUAGUCACGUCACCCUUGGAGCCCUUGAAAACACAAAGGUGGCAGUCGCUCAAUUCGCAGCAACUACCGCGGCGGGCGGUGCAGACAGUGAGGCAGUUCUCCAAGAUUACGCCCUCUUAAAGAACACACUCUACACCCUUCAACACCAGCACGUUUUCCAACUUCAGCUGAUCAAUCAGUUGACCCAACAGCUAUCGGGAUCACAAACUGGUGCACAAAAUAUGGCUGUAGGAGAAUCGACCGCCUCUGACAGCAAAGAAGCUUCACCAUCUCCAGUUGCGAAUCCCAAAACACAUUCUGUCCUCACUUCUCCCCCUCCUUCCAGACCGCCCAGUCAUCAUCAAUCAUCUCCUUCGCCCCUAACUCCAAAUUUACCGCAGGAAAGGCCGGCUCCUGCAAACAGUGCAUCACCCGUCGGUGUAACACUUCCUCCGACUACUGCGACCACGCCUACCACAACGUCCAGCAUACAAACAAUGAGUCAUCAAAUGCCACCUCUCUGUUCAAUUAGUUCAUCAUUAGCGGCUUCAAUCAUCACAAACAAUGAUCCACCGAAUCUUCACGAACCAAAUACUCUGGAGAUGCUUCAGAAGCGUGCACAAGAAGUACUUGAUAACGCGAGUCAAGGUCUCUUGGCGAACAAUCUUGCGGAUGAACUUGCCUUCAGGGGUAGUAAAGGUUCAAGACUGUCUCCCUAUGAUUCGAAAUCCGGUGGCGGUCGGGGUGAACCCUUCUUCAAACAUCGAUGUCGUUACUGUGGCAAGGUCUUUGGCAGCGACUCCGCCCUCCAGAUCCACAUACGGUCACACACAGGUGAGCGUCCCUUUAAGUGCAACGUCUGCGGAAGCCGAUUCACCACCAAAGGAAACUUGAAGGUCCACUUCCAAAGGCAUACGGCCAAGUUUCCACACAUUAAAAUGAAUCCAAAUCCCGUUCCCGAACACCUGGAUAAGUAUCAUCCUCCUCUCCUUCAACAGCUCGCAAAUUCCGGACAAAGACCAUUACCCUCACCACCACCACCUCCCCAUCAUCCUCCCUACCAUCCCGCAGCAGCACACGGUUUUCUUCCACCACAACCUCCCUUACCUCUUAGUCUAACCAUGCCCGGUAUGUCGCCCAUUUAUCGACCUCCUCUUGUCAAUCACCGAGAUGAUCAAGACGUCCCCGAGAACCUCAGCAAGCCUGUUACAACGGCACGUGCAAUCUCUCCUCACUCACCCGACACUCAGAAUUCUCAUCCCUUUCUCGAUCACCAACUCUCCAAACCACCGUUCGAACAGAGGGAGGAAAUAAAGGUAGAGCAACCGUUACUGGAAUCAUUUCAGCAACAGCCGUCCAGUCAAGAGAGUGGAGAGCAAAUAACCCCCAAACGAGAACCCGAAGACACCGACGAGCAACCGGAGGACGAAGGUGAGGAAUUUGAGGAAUCUAGAAAAUUUAUGAACUCUUCACCAUCUUCAGCAAAUCCACCUUCCCACGAUUUGGUGAAUCCUCAUCAAUACGAAGACUGCAGUAUGGAUAGUAAAAUUAGCGAGAGGCUGGAAGGCGACGUCGACAUGGAAGCCGACGAAGAAAUGGAGGAGCAACCCGAGAACCUUUCAGGAAGAGGUCCCGGUCAUCUCCUCUCCCAACAACCAUUCACAUACCCCGGGGCAUCACCGGCAAGUAGUAGUGCCAGUAGCGGAAGUCUUCAAACCUCCUUCGCCGGAAUAAUAUUUACUGGACCACCACCACCGCCCCUACCACAUCAACAUUUACCUCAUCAUCACGUUUCCACGACUGCAACAACUCCCACAGGCUCCGUCAGUGACAUGGUCAUUGAUCCAGCGCGCGAUCCAGCUAUCUACUCCAGCCUCCUACCCCGACCUGGAAGUAACGACAACUCCUGGGAAAGUUUAAUCGAAAUAACCAAAUCCUCGGAGACAAUGAAACUCCAACAACUUGUCGACAAUAUCGAGCAUAAACUAACCGAUCCCAACGAAUGCGCCAUUUGUCAUCGAGUUCUCUCCUGCAAAAGUGCUCUCCAAAUGCACUACCGCACACACACCGGAGAACGACCCUUCAAAUGCAAAAUUUGCGGAAGGGCCUUCACUACAAAGGGCAAUCUCAAGACUCACAUGGGUGUUCAUCGAGCGAAACCACCAUUGCGAGUCCUCCACCAGUGUCCCGUUUGUCACAAAAAAUUCACCAACGCACUUGUUCUUCAACAACACAUACGACUGCACACCGGUGAACCCACGGAUCUCACUCCCGAGCAAAUACAAGCAGCCGAAGUAAACGAAUACCCCGGCUAUCCUCACAAUCCCCUAGCCUCGUUUCUACCGCAAGGCUUUCCACCCCUCCACCCAGGCGGUCCAGGUUUUCUAGCCUUUCCACCACCCCGACACGCACUAGAAAGGCAAUCACAGGAGAGCGAUGAGACAAAAGACUUACAUCAAAGAUUCCCCGACGAGCCCAUCGACGACAUGGAGGACCCCGAGGAGGAAGACGACGACAGGCGAGACGAGGACGAGAGAUGCGUGGAUUCCCGAGAGAGGCGAUUGGUCGAAGAAGAAGAGGAACCCGAGGACGAACACGACGAACCCGAACAGAAGGAAAUACCAAUAAUCCCCUCCUUCUCGACAUCCUUAGCAGCACUCGAAAAUCAAGUGAAAACAAUCACCACAAUGGCUCAGGGACAAAUGAAUCAAAUAAAUCAAAUUAGAUCGCCACCAAUACAUCGAUACAAUGGCAGUGAGAAGAGUACAAGUCCACCUGGUAUUGGAGCACCACUAGACUUAACACCAAGAGCCUCAUCAACCCCGGCGUCUGUAGCUUCAGCAUCGACACCACCACCACUACUACUACAACCACCACCACCACCACCAUCAUCAUCACUACAAACCACACCACAUCAUCCUCAUCCAUUCGGAAUGUUUGCAGGACUCUUGCAAGCUGUAUCGUCAUCUCCAUCAAUGAAUACCAUGGGGACAAGUAUAAAUAGUAUUUCGCCAAUGAAUGCUGUCAGUCCUGGCAGUGGUGGUGGCGGCGGGCCUUUAGCCUCUCUAACAACAUCGGCCGUUUUGGCAGCGACCUCCACUUACAAUCCGCUUGGCCUAGCUGUCGGAGGGCCAGCAGUACGUGGCAACACUACGUGUAAUAUCUGCUACAAGACAUUCGCGUGUAACUCUGCAUUGGAAAUUCAUUACCGGAGCCACACGAAGGAACGACCUUUCAAAUGCACCAUCUGCGAUCGAGGAUUUUCAACCAAGAGUGACGGAACAAUGAUAGAAUCGUGCUCAUGCACUGAGCAGGAAAAUGGAUUAUCCACAAGACCUUCAGCAACUUCAGUUAAAACCGAACUUCCAUACCAAACGUUAUCAGCGCAACCGCCAUCGAUAGUAUCGGCCAAAUCACGAGAGAAGCCAAAACGCAGGAGACGGCGGCCCGAGGAUCGUAAGAAUCGGGGGCGGACUGGGACUGGAGAGGGGCGGGGACUGACGUCUACCUAUGCUGCAAUCUAUGGGGACGUACGCCUGCCCCCACUGAUGCCCCCCGCCCUCGGACUUCUAACCUCGGACCCCGUAUUCCUGGGCAACAUGAAGCAACACAUGCUAACUCACAAAAUCCGGGACAUGCCACCUCAUCUCUUUAGUGAUUCCAAGCCACCAAUUCAACAGCAUCAACAACCACUUCAAGAACAAGAAAGCUCUAGAAGUCCAAUGUGUACUGACGAGUCUAGUUUGCCUCCACCACCACCACCUCCGCCUCCUCCACCACCAAUGCCACCAACAACAGUUGUUGAGUCCAUAGUUCCAGUAAAGAGAUCUCACACUGAAACUGAACUGUCAGCACCCAAAAGGCCACACAGCAUGUCCAGCAAGCACUUGUGCCAGGUUUGCAAUAAGAAUUUCUCCUCAUCCUCGGCGCUACAGAUUCAUAUGAGGACGCACACUGGUGACAAACCAUUCAGAUGCACCGUCUGCCAGAAGGCCUUCACCACCAAGGGCAAUCUUAAGGUUCACAUGGGUACGCAUAUGUGGACCAACGGAACCUCCAGACGAGGACGGCGAAUGUCACUGGAUCUUCCUCCUCUGCCCAUCACCCCCAAGGACUCAGAGUUUCUCCAGCGAAGACCGGAUCUCUUCUAUCCCUACCUACCCACGCCAUUCCUUAAUGGAGUUCAACAAAAGCUGAACGAGAUUUCGGUGAUCCAAGGUAGCAACGGUAUGCCAGUUCAUCCGGUAAAUGCAAGCAAGUACGCGGGAAUUUUUGGCUCAGUUUACAGUGGGGGAUUCCCUCUGGAAAAACAACCAAUGACACCCAGUAAUGGUCCAUUGGGCGACACAAAAUCAGCCCUUGCCUCUGGAUCAAUGCUAUUCCAAACACCAUCCCCGGCACAUUCCCCAGGAGCGCCAUCCUCAAAUACAGGAAAUCAAAAUUCAGCAAGCAUACCCCCAUGGAGUGGCGAACCUCUACAGCAUCACUACGAACGCGAUACACCAUCAAGAACAGAGAGCAAUCCAACACCGCCAUCAGCACGUUUACCACCUCCACCUGCACCACGAGGGGAAGGUCUAGCCGCAUGAAGAUUUUGCAUCUCCGUUCCUCGCUACAUACCCUCCAAAAUCUACUCCCGCUGAUCAAAUUCUCCAAUUACAUAAAAAACCUACCCAAACAAUUCCUUGUCUAUCUCCGUCCUGCUAGUAAAAUACACAAUCAGUGACGCAUUUCAUUUCCAAGCAUUUCCCCUCCAAAAAUUCCCCCUUAAAAAUGGAAUAACCGAAAAAUUGAAACAAUGCUGUUUCAUUUAGUCUUCCUAACACAGAAAAAAAUGGCUACACUCGACAUAUCCCCGAACGGUUUUGCAGAGCCAUCAUUGCAGCUGAAGAAGACAUCAUGUUCCUAUUAUCACAUACUAGUCUUAAAAUGUAAAAUAUGGAUCUUUUGACGAUCCGCGAAAACUUUCGAAAUCUAGAAUUAUAGUCUUGAUGAACUUUGUAUCUUGCAAACGAUACUAUUCGUGCAUAAAAAGAAAAAACACAGAAGAAUUCAAAUCAAAUUGAUUUUGAAUAAAAGAUUGUCAAUCCGUUCGAUACUGGAGGCGCAAUUAACACGGCGCCUAGACUGAGCUCUCUCUGUUUAAACUUUUCUAGAGGACAGUAAAGCCACAAGACAUGUGGCGCCGUUUUUCUUUUUUUUUUUAAAAAAAAGCCUCCGUAUCAGGACCGUCCAAAAUCGCGAUAGUGAUGGUCUACUCGCUUAGUUUCUAGUUAUCAUGAUGUUAAAACACAUGAUACGUAUAAAUAUAGUGCAUAUAUAUAUAUAAUAUACAUACAUGUGCAUAUGGAAAUAUAUAUAUAAAUAAUUGUAUACAGAAUGACCAUGAUGAUAAUUUCUUUUGAAGAAUGUAUAAUUUUCCCCUUCAGAGAAAAAGGAAAUUUUGAAAACUCCUGGUGAUUCUGUAGUACCGUAUGACUUGUAUACACAGUUUCGGAAAAAGAGAAAAGAGAAUGAAUGUGGUGAAUGAAUGAGACGAUACGCGAGAGAGAAAGAGAAUAUUAUUUCGAAUAUAGAAAUUUACGAAUGUAAGUAGACGCGGGCCCGGCAGCGCCCCUCGCUGUGAUAUGAGAGGAGCAGCCUGCAAUCACUAAACCAAUGUACUUAUUUCCUGUAUCAUAGUAUUAUAUAUAUUAUUAUAUUAUUAUAUAUUAUAUUAAUAAAUUAAUUAUUGUAUUAUUAUCGUGCGUGCAGUAACGCCACAUUUUCGUACACGCAUCAAUGUAAGUGUACCUGCAAACCCAACUUGAUUGGAAGUAGAGUUUUUUUUAUAAUUUGGAAAAACGAACGCUAUCUCAUCUCGAAAUUUAAAUAAGUGGAAAUUUUCUAUUUUUUUAUAUUGGAAUUCACUUUUACUUCUCUGUAAGUAAAAAUUUUCUCUUAGGGGCUCUACAUCUUAGGGUUUUGUGGCUUUAGUAACUGAAACCAUAGCAACGGUUGCUAAGGUAACCAUAACCAUAGCAAAGGUUGCUAUAGUGACCAGAACCAUAGCAACGGUUGCUAAGGUAACUAAAACUAUGGCAACGGUUUCUAUGGUAACCAGAACCAUUAAAAUAGUUACUAACUAAAACUAUAGUAACGAUUGCUUUGGUAACCAUAAAAGUCAUUUUCCCUAUCGUUUGUUAUAUGAAAAUAACUUUUACAGUUUCCAGAGUUUGAACAUCCUUUUAAAAUUCACGAUUCGAUUAUUAUGUACAACAAAGUUCAAUAUAAAAAUUUAGUUUAUUUUUUUAACUUCUUCAAAAUAGUGGAAAUUUUCUCUUAUGUAAAUUUUAUUAUACGUAAAUUGCAUGAGAGAAAAAAUCCAUUUAUGAAUCCAUAAAUUGAAUUUUUUUUCUCUUAUGUAAUUGCGGAUGUAAUUUGAUAAAUUUAAUAUAUUCAAUAAAUUAUGUAAAUAAUUACAUAAUUUGAAUAAAUUUGCAAAAAAAAAAACAGAAUGAGACAAAUUUUUAGUUUGAAUAUAUACACCUAGAAGUGAAUUCUGUAAUUUCGUUUCUCCUUUGACGUGUUCAUUUUCACUUUUACUUUCAUUUUUGAAAGAUCCUUUUUUCCAUUUGGAGAGACUUUUAUUUUCUCAUUCAUUUUUAUUUUCUCUUUAAAAGAUUUUUAUUUUUAGUUUUACUUUGAAAAUGAUCAAUUUUGAUUGCAACUUUCAUUUUCACUUUCACUUUGAAAGAUUUCCAUUUUUACUUUCUAUCAACGUGAAUAUGAAAAUGAAAGAGAAAAUAAAU